UGGUAGGAGGAGGAGCGCGAAAGUCACACAGGCUACCAAUUACCAUCUACCUUCGCCCCUGUCUGCUGGGAGAAGUACCUUCCGUCUCGGGUCUACCCGUUGCCUGGAUGGCAUUGGCACCUGCGUCGAUUGGAAAGAAAAUAAUCCCUAAAGUGCUACUGUUUAUUUGAGGACUACUUCAGGGACUUACGAUAGUCGUCACCCUACCUGUAAGAAUGCACCUGCUCUGACAAUAGUGGAUCACGAUGGACCGCACUGCCUGGUGUUUGGUGUUUGCGGUGAUAGGCGCACUGGACGCCAUCAAAGGUCGAGCUUCCGGCCUGCCUCCUCCUGAGAAUGUGACGGUGGACUGUGACAACUUCGACACGCUCGUGUACUGGAACUACUCUGGGCCUCAAACAGACGACCUACGCUUUCAUCUUACACUCGUACCGGAUAUGGACCCUCCAAGGAGCACAAAUGUGACGACCCAUCAUGCCAACAUCACUGCCUGGUUGGAUGAAACCGGCAUGUCGUUGUACACGAUCACAAUCCAAGCAUGGGAGCACGGCACGACUCGCAAAUCUGACCCAUCCUCACCCGUGAAGUUUACUUUUCAUAAACUAACUUACUUGAUUGAGGAAUCUAAUAACGUGAGCCUACAACUCUGUCAGCUGGACUUUCCUGAUGUGAAUUUCCAGUAUGAGUACAAAGCUCUAAGCCUCAGCUUUCAAAACCCUGUGCGGCUGUACGAAAACGCGCCAGGCCUCAAAUACUUCAAAACUAUUGCUCACCCAAAGCUGAAAGACACACCGUUGGAAUACUACAUCGUGGACGAGGACAACAGAACCACAGAUUGUAAGUGCUCAUACAAUAAUGCCACCUGCCGGGAGAAACUGCCGAUUUUGAACAAAGAGGAGAAGCACUGUAUUCGUCUGUACGGACAUAUCGAUUAUGCCACUAUGCGUCGUGCUACGCGUUGCUGGAAAAGACAAGAGGACACAGGCACACCACUGCACGUUGUAGUCGUCAGUGUGUGUGUCGUCAUCGGCAUGGCUGCAGUGGUUAUCCUUAUCUCAUUGGCUUGCUGGAGGGUCAUCAUCAAACCUAAUCAAAAUAGCCCUGCCCCUCUGUUCUUCCCAGGCAAUCUGAACUCGGACCCAAUCAUAUUUGUUAACGAGACCGAACCCAAUGUCAACUUCAGCCCUGUCAUGUGGGAAGAAGAUCCAAGUCCUUCAUCCGAGUACUCGGAACGUUUGGCUUCGGAACCAUCGGAGAACUCCCAGAACGCGCUGCUCUCCGACUACGCCUCGGACAUCUGCGAAGAGCCGACGGACUCCAGCGCCUGCUCCCGCUUUCCUAUUGGACCAGGACAUGUCCAUCAUGACAAUGAUGGAGAGGUGGGUGGGACAAGGCGGCAAGAGAGCUCUGCUGCUAUUGGUCUCGUGACAACACGGCGAGAAGACGACAGUGACGAACCGUACAUGGACAGGUUGCGGAUUGUUAAUGAUCAUGAUCAUGAUGAUCAUGAUGAUGAUGAUGAGGUGGAAGGGACAAGGCGGGGAGAGAGCUUUUCUAUUGGUCCACAGCCUGCCUGUCAUGACAGGGAUGACAGUCAUGAGGUGGGCUGGACAAGACGGCGGGAAGAGAACGGAGAGGACCCGUACUUGGCCAGGUCGCGGAUUGACAUCUCUAACCUUGACUCUGACCUUGACCUUGACCUUAACUCUGACAUUGACCCUUGGCUUGUUGCCGUGGAGAUGGCGCCAGGGGAUAUGGCGGACGGCUACACAGUCAGGGAGAACUCGGACCCAAUCGUAUUUGUUAACGAGACCGAACCCAAUGUCAACUUCAGCCCUGUCAUGUGGAAAGAAGAUCCAAGUCCUUCAUCUGAGUACUCGGAACGUUUGGCUUCGGAACCAUCGGAGAACUCCCAGAACAAGCUGCUCUCCGACUACGCCUCGGACAUCUGCGAAGAGCCGACGGACUCCAGCGCCUGCUCCCGCUUUCCUAUUGGACCAGGACACGUCCAUCAUGACAAUGAAGACGACGGAGAGGACCCGUCCUUGCGGAUUGACAUCUUUAACUUUGACUCUGUCCUUGACGAUCACCUUAACUCUGACAUUGACCCUAGUGUUCCCGUGGAGAUGGCGCCAGGGGAUAUGGCGGACGGCUACACAGUCAGGGAGCGCCUUGCAUGAGGACGAGAGGAGAAGAGUCAACUCAAGAAAGACAAGCGCCGGCCCCACCGUGGCCAACUGGUAGGGCACUCGCCUGCCAUACGGCUGACCCGGGUUCGAUUCCCGACCCAGGUCCUUUGCCAACCCCUCCCCGUCUCUCACUCAAUUCCUGUCCACCCCUCACACAGUCUUGUCACAUAAAGUCGUAAAAAGACAAAAAAAAUCUUUAAAACAUAAAUAAAAGAAAGACAAGCGCCUUGCAUGAGGACGAGAGAAGGGCCAACUCAAGAAAGACAAGGCCUGUAAACCAGGGCAAUACAUUAACUUUUUUCAUCACCAGCCAAUUUGGCUAAUAGAUGUUAAUAGCUGCUAAUCGACGACGCAUACACUCCCUAUCACUCAACGAGGCUUGCAAGUUUUCUUUUCAACCAGCCAAACAGAAUUUUCACCAGCCUUUGGCCAGUUAGCGGAUGCAAAAAGUGGCGGCCGACUCACACUGUGUUGAGCUGUAGGCCUACCAGAAAAAUGGCAGUGGAAAAGAGGCAUUAGGGGCCUGGAUGUAAGACUUGACAGGGAUCCCUGAACCUCUAGUUUUGGCAAAGGACGCGCUCACCUUCUUGGAAACACGAAAGUCUUUGGGUGCGCGAUAAAAUGUAUCAACUUAAGGAAGAAAAAUCCGCACUCACAAACUGCGUCUCAUUAUUUAUUUAUAUUACCACCAUGUCCAAAAAGCAAACGCGUUUCGGCUAUCAAGCCUUCAUCAGUGCGUGGUACCACGCAGUUUGUGAUCCCUGAACCUCUGUCACUGAGAACUGGAGUAAGACGUGUGGAUGUGAUGGACAGCUACAUUGGAAUGGAGCGUCUUUUUUGAGGAACGCAGGAUGGCCAACUCAAGGGGCAAAUUACGUGAGACUUUAUAAGCCAAAAAAAAAGCACUUUUAUUGUGAACUGGAAAAAGAGUUGUGAAUCCAGUGCCAUCAACUAAGAACAUGGAAGAGAUUUUUAGAUUCAACAUUGUCCUUGAAUAUGUCGCCUGCUCAAUAAAAUAAGACAGAAAGGGCACA